AUGUUUGGGAUCCAGGAAAGCAUCCAACGGAGUGGAAGCAGUAUGAAGGAAGAGCCGCUGGGCAGCGGCAUGAACGCGGUGCGGACGUGGAUGCAGGGCGCCGGGGUGCUGGACGCCAACACAGCGGCGCAGAGCGGGGUGGGUCUGGCCCGGGCUCACUUUGAGAAGCAGCCGCCUUCUAAUCUGCGGAAAUCCAACUUCUUCCACUUCGUCCUGGCCCUCUACGACAGACAGGGCCAGCCCGUGGAAAUUGAGAGGACUGCCUUUGUGGGGUUCGUGGAGAAGGAAAAAGAAGCCAACAGCGAAAAGACCAAUAAUGGGAUCCACUACCGGCUCCAGCUCCUCUACAGCAAUGGUAUAAGGACUGAACAGGAUUUCUACGUGCGCCUCAUCGACUCCAUGACAAAGCAAGCCAUAGUGUACGAAGGCCAAGACAAGAACCCCGAAAUGUGCCGAGUGUUGCUCACGCACGAGAUCAUGUGCAGCCGCUGUUGUGACAAGAAAAGCUGUGGCAACCGAAAUGAGACUCCCUCAGAUCCAGUGAUAAUUGACAGAUUCUUCCUGAAGUUUUUCCUUAAAUGCAACCAAAAUUGCCUAAAGAAUGCAGGAAACCCACGUGACAUGCGGAGAUUCCAGGUCGUGGUGUCUACCACUGUCAACGUGGACGGCCAUGUCCUGGCAGUCUCCGAUAACAUGUUCGUUCACAAUAAUUCCAAGCAUGGGCGGAGGGCUAGGAGGCUUGACCCCUCGGAAGGUACGCCCUCUUAUCUGGAACAUGCAGCUACUCCCUGUAUCAAAGCCAUCAGCCCGAGUGAAGGAUGGACGACGGGAGGCGCAACUGUGAUCAUCAUAGGGGACAAUUUCUUUGAUGGGUUACAGGUCAUAUUCGGUACCAUGCUGGUCUGGAGUGAGUUGAUAACUCCCCAUGCCAUCCGUGUGCAGACACCUCCUCGGCACAUCCCUGGUGUUGUGGAAGUCACAUUGUCCUACAAGUCCAAGCAGUUCUGCAAAGGGACUCCAGGCAGAUUCAUCUAUACAGCCCUCAAUGAACCCACCAUUGACUAUGGAUUCCAGAGGUUACAGAAGGUCAUCCCCCGGCAUCCUGGUGAUCCAGAACGCUUGCCGAAGGAAGUGAUCCUUAAAAGGGCUGCGGAUCUUGUUGAAGCCCUGUAUGGGAUGCCCCACAACAACCAGGAGAUUAUCCUGAAGAGAGCAGCCGACAUUGCAGAGGCUCUCUACAGUGUCCCUCGCAACCACAACCAGCUCCCAGCCCUUGCUAACACUUCGGUCCAUGCAGGGAUGAUGGGCGUGAACUCCUUCAGUGGACAACUGGCUGUGAAUGUCUCUGAGGCAUCACAAGCCACCAAUCAAGGUUUCACCCGCAACUCAAGCAGCGUGUCACCCCACGGGUAUGUGCCGAGCACCACCCCCCAGCAGACCAACUAUAACUCCGUCACCACGAGCAUGAAUGGCUAUGGCUCUGCCGCCAUGUCCAAUUUGGGUGGCUCCCCAACUUUCCUCAAUGGCUCAGCUGCCAACUCACCCUACGCCAUCGUGCCAUCCAGCCCUACCAUGGCCUCAUCUACAAGCCUCCCCUCCAACUGCAGCAGCUCCUCGGGCAUCUUCUCCUUCUCACCAGCCAACAUGGUCUCUGCCGUGAAACAGAAGAGUGCAUUUGCACCCGUGGUUAGACCCCAGACCUCCCCGCCUCCCACCUGCACCAGCACCAAUGGGAACAGCCUGCAAGCGAUAUCUGGCAUGAUUGUUCCUCCCAUGUGAAAGAAUUGCCUUGAAGAAUUUUGUUAAUGAAGAGGUUGGAUUCUGCUACGAAAGUAAUCUGAUAGGAGUCCCAGAGUGGAACUUUUAACUCAGGCCUUUUUAAGAGGAAUCACACAAUAACUGCAGAUUUUUAAACAAAAUCACCGACCUUGCAAAAUGCUGAAAUUGGAAAGGGGAUCUGCCACAGCAGGGUGUUGGUUAAACUUGUACCCCCAAGUAUCUGGGGGAUAUAUUUAUUCUGUAUUGAUAAAAGCAAAACCACAGUUUCUUUUUUCUUUUUCUUUUUCUUUUUUUAAGCUUAACUCUGCAAUCAUUUGUCUUUUAUAAACCAUAAAGCUACACCCAAGG